AUUUUCUGACUCAGCCUGGUAAAAGAAACAUAAAAUUCCGAACCUUUGUGAAAACUAUUUUUUGGGUUUAUGUGCUAUGCUAGAGAUAAGAUAGGCAGGCACGAAAUAAAAGGCCUUCCUAUUUUAUAACUAACUUAGCUUGGUAGAAAUGAGAUCUGAGUUUAAUUUUGAGCAACCUUUUAACACAAGGUACGUAAAAGUUGAAAACCAAGUGGCCCCCAAAGAAAAUCUUUAUGCUUUUCUGGCCCGGCACUUAAAAUAAUUAAGAGCUCCUGUUCUAAGCCAUAAGAAGCUUCAAGGUCGUUGUUCUUAUUUGGAAGCAAUACUGUGCAUCUCUUACCUCUAAAACCUUACUCAUUAUACUAGGACUAAGGUUGCUUUUGUUUUUUCUCCGAUUUGCUGUUGGUAUAUCUUCGUCUGCAAGUACCGUAGAAUGCCUUUGUACCGUAGGUACUGCAUAUACAAUUUCAGUAAAAUUUUAAAGUCCAUGUAACGGUUUUUAUACCCAAGUCUGAAUGCUGUUUCUAGGUUUUUUCAAUUUUUGUAUUUUUUGUUAAAAAUGUUUGACAUUUUUGUUAAAAAUAUAAAAAUAUUAAGUUUCUACUUUCGAAUCAUUCUUUCGAGGAUAAGAAAAUUCCAUGUUUAUUGUUCUCUGUAAUUUGUAACCUCUUUUGAAAAAACUGUUUCUGCCUCAAAAACGAUUUAGUUUAAUACAGCGUUCAACUGGGAAGUGUCUGUCUCUCUUUGGUUUGUACUCAAGAAUCUACGCUUGCAACAGCUUUCGGUGGCCAAAUACCUUGCUGGUAAUGCCCUGUCGUUGUCAUCCCGAAGCAAUCACAGGUUUUGAUGAGAUUUCAAUCCCCUUUAUCUAAUCAACUGCUAUUCGUACAUGAUAGUACUGGCGUCAUGUACUGCUAUCUCAAAUAUGCUGAAGAACAAUUGAAGACAGGUUUCUACCUAAUCUGAAUUGCCAUCGUUCGACACAAUCUGCUCGCUCCAUACCGGUUGAUGAUUAGUAGACCGUGAAAUGUGCUUCAUUUGCAACAACCCUAAUUGGCCUACUAGUUCGCCAAUUUAUCGUGGUUAUCAGAGCUUAUCAGAAAUUGAUGACUUUUUUAUCGAGAAAAAUGAAUUCUAAUGAUGAGACUUGCAAACAAAGAAUAACAGAGGAAACACCCUCAAUUUUGGUAUUUUCUUAGACUGUUAGCAGAGUGAACACCAACUUUCCGAUGGACCUUACGCUCUUCACAGUGUUUGUUUGUGCUGUUCUGUUUCCUGUGCCCGUUCAAAGCUACGUUCAAGGAAACAAAUGCUUCAAACCAAUUAAUUUGAUUUUAGCGUUGGAUGCCUCGGGCAGCAUGGAGCCCCCGAUAUGGCAGGAAGAAGUGCAAAUUGCUAAGCAGCUGAUUCAAGCGAAUGCAAUUGAAGGCAGUGGAAACCGAUACUCCAUCUUGGAUUUCAGUACCAACCCCCUUGUCCGAAUUCCCUUCACAAGCAAUGUUACAAAAGCGACAUUUGAUUUGGAGAGUUUGAAGGAGGAUUUUCGAGAUGGCCAAUCAAACAUCGAUUUUGUGCUAGAAAAAGCUGCUAAAAUAUUUGAGACAGAAAAUUCCAGCGGCCGUUUGAAUAUUUUUGUCAUCAUAACUGAUGGGUACAUGACAUUUAGAAAUGGGAAGGACAAUCGAUACUACCUGAAGCCACCGCGGGAUAAGCUUGUUGCCGGGAAUUCCAUCGUAUUUGCAGUUGGUAUAGGCAGUAGCGUGGACUGGGACACUUUGGGUUUCAUUGCAACAGACCCAGUUUUAUCUCAUGUUUUCAAACCAGACGACACAGAGAAACUGGUGGCACAAAUCAAGAAUGCGGCUGAAAUACCUUGUCAAAGUAGUGGAGGACGAGCUGAUAAUUCACUUAAUUGUGGAAAUGUGAUGUUUGAGCGAAUCGGUUGCUUCAAAGACAAAGGCAAACACCCAAGACCUCUUCCAGAUCUUAUUCUCACUGACAGAGAUCCAAGCAGUAGUAAAUACUCUGGUCAAACCAUUAACUGGAAAAAGUGGGACACAUAUCUUCCAGAUUUUGUUUGCAGAUGUGCCAAAGCCACUGCAAAAGAGGAACGAAACAUUUUUGGAUUGCAGUUUUAUGGCGAAUGUUGGUCCAGUGCCAAGAUGGAUACUUUUGACAAUGACGGACGGGCAGAGAAAGAAUCCAACUGUAAAACUCUGAAGUACGAGCCAUGUGGGACAACUGAUGAAUAUUGCGUUGGGGAGCAGUUCCAUAACUUUGUAUAUAAAAUUACAGAGAUUCUAAAUGGCAAAUGCUAUGCUCCCUUGAGCCUUGUGAUUGCACUUGAUACCUCCGGCAGCAUCGAUUCUUCGGCAUGGCUAACAGAAGUUGGCAGUGCAAAGGAAGUGAUUCUAACGAACAAGGUUGAGAACAGUGGAAACAAAUUCGCAAUUAUCAGCUUCAGCACAAAUGCAACAGUGAUUCAGGCAUUUACUACCAACGCUUCACAGGCCAUUGAUACUUUAGAAAACCUGCAAAAAAAUUCAAAAGAUGGUCACACCUACAUUGAUGCAGCUGUACGAGAAGCUGGAAAAUUGUUUGAGUCUCAAUCAUCUGAGAAAGAAAAAAGCAAGAAAGUUUUCAUUACUUUUACCGACGGGUAUAUGACGUAUCGUAACGGUGAAGAAAUUCUCUUGACACUUCACCCGGAAGUAGCAAAACUCAACUCCACAAAUACGACGUCGUUUGCAGUGGGUAUCGGCAAACCCAUAAAGGAUUCAACGCUAUAUUACCUUGCAUCUCCUCCAGAAUUAUCGCAUGUAUUUUAUAAAGCCAACUUGGGUAAAUUAGGCGAAGCAAUAAAAAGUUCAGCUGAAAGACCUUGCAGGGAAGGAGAAGGUGAAGAAGACAAGCUAACAGUGACGUGCAAAUCUGUCAAAAUUCGACGUGCUGGCACAGGAUGCUACAGGGACACUCAGCAAAGUCCAAGACCACUGCCAGAUUUGCUGUUUUCAGACAGAGAAGUUAUAAGUUGGACUUCAUGGGACAGCUUUAUGCAGUCUCUAGUUUGCAAAUGUGCCGAAGAGAGUGCUAAACAACAGAGGAAAAUUUUCGGCUUACAAUAUUACGGCGAAUGCUGGUCCAGCACAGCAACUGACACGUAUGCAAAAGACGGACCAGCAGAUCAGUCUAACUGCCCAACCCUUGGAUUCAAGCCUUGCAAUGAUACUACGCCGUACUGUGUUGGUUCACAGAGCUAUAAUUACGUGUAUGAUAUACUUGGAGCAGUUUGAACUUUAUUUGCAGCUGGUUUGGAAGUACAAUCUGUGAAAUAGAAAUGCAACAGUGUCCCUGGCUUAAAUAGCAUCUGAAUUUUUAAGUACCAAGAAGGCACCAAGAAGGCACAGAACCGAAUAUUUAUAAAGAAGAAAACCAUCUAGGCAUCUUGCAGAGCAAACUUAAAAAAUAUUAUCCUUUAUUUAUUUAAAAAAAUACUAUAAAUUUCAUUUUGUAAAAUAUGCCAUAGAUUUUGAAAAUAGUAAAUCGAGCCUGGCAUUUUUAAAAAAGACGAAAAGCCAUUUUGAAUUUUCUUGUGCUUUUUAUUAACCAGUUUUAAACAACAAGCACAUCAAUGGAGAUUCUUUGGAGUACAUCCAGUUCUACUUUCCUGCUUUAUUGUGAGUCAAUUGGCCAAGUGACAUCUCUUUAACUUUGAACCAUGCGCCCAUUUUAUCUUAAAAAGCAAUUUUAAAUGCUUGUAGAUGUUUUGGUUUUCAAAGAUUUUUUUAGUUUUAGUUGCCCUUUAUAACCCCUCUGUAGCCAUACACCUACAACUAUAGGUAAUUUCCUUAUUUUUGAUAGGUAUAUUUAUUUUUCUCAAACAUCUGUAAGAUCACCCUUGAAAUUUAAGAAAAUUUACUAUAAUGUUGGAACACUAUAGCUAGUAGCUACUAAAUUAUCAUUGAAUUUGACGUCGUUGAUUAAUACUGUUGUGUGGUAAUGUAUUUAUGCCUUUCACAGACAAGUAUUUCACACACUUGACUACAAACUAUAAUUGAAAUCGUUCUGUAAAGAUCCCCCUUCUAUGCAGCUUUCACACUGUGUUUUCAUACUGUAUUUACUGAUACAUACUGUAUUUUCUUGUUCAACUUUGCCUUGCUUGCUUCAUCAGCUCUCAAACAACAUUAGAAGCUUGUUAUUAAAAGCAUAACAAUUGUCGAGACUUCAUGAGCGGUUGUCUUAGGUUUCAUAGACUUCAUGGCCACCCACAUAAUGCUCCGUAUAUCAUCCCAUUGCCAGACUUGAUGAGAAAUCGGCUUGAGCUUUUUCUUUAGUGCUGCCUCAAAACACAACAACUCUAAACUCGUACCCUUAAAUAAACCAUCAUAUCAAAUUGCAUUAGGGUGAAAAAUUAACCCCUCGCUUUUCAGAAAUCGCAGGACUUUUUUCCUAAAUCUUAUUUAAUUGAACUUGACUCGAUAAUUUUGCAUUUAUUAAAUAUUUUCUCCAAGCCAGAGUUUUGUACAAUGUCAUAAUAAGCGACCAAAUGGUUGAAAAUUAUUGCAAAAAUAUCUAAAGAAAGUUUAUUGCAUUGUCUUAUUUCAAAAAUGGCGCAAAAAGUUAUUUUUUUCGCAAAAAUUUGGAACAUUUAGUACCUACGUGAAAUCAUUUUGUCUUCAAAUUUGUGUU